GAUAUUGAUAAACUCAAGGCUAAUCAUAAGUAUUCAAUCAGCUGGACCGAAACAUCCGAAGUCAUUCACGCUAACAUGGCGCUGGCGACAGCUGUACAGAUUGCGUUACUGUUGCAGCUGCUGAGUGCCGUCCACACCAGUCCGGCAGUCACCACGCCAGAGGUGUCUCCGUGGGCAAUCACCACGCCGGAGCUGUCCACCGUCAGCCCGUGGGCAAUCUGCACGGCACCUAAUGAGACUAUCUGCACCAGCGACUGCUCGCAGGUAAUGAUUUGUAUAGGCGAUCCUUCAACUGCGUACCUGCCUACGGUGGUGGAAACAUGCGACUCCAGUACGAGGUGCAGCUCAGAGCAGGCCGCUUGCGUUGCAGAAGAGGACUCAGACUGUGCGGCAUAAUCGUCUUGCUGGAAAUAAUAAUUGUCGAAAAAAUAAAUAAAUCAAAGUUUUCACGAAUAUUAAUCUUGAAGAAGAUAGCGAAUAAAAGUUCUUGAAGUUGAA